CUUUAGCCACACACACGUCUCUCUCUUCCUUCUUUUUUCUUUUUGGGGUUUCCCUAUCUUAUAUUAUUUCUUCUCUUUUCAAUUUGAUUGCUUCCUUCUCUUCUGUCUGAUAAAAAAAGUGUCUGACUUUGGUAAUUGGUGUUCCUUCUCCAUGCCAAUAUAUAAUAUAUGAAAUGGCGUAUGAUCCCAGUUAAAGUUAAAGAGCAAGAGGAGGACGAGGCAUGGAAGAAACCUGCUGCUUGAUGUGCCAUCCAAACAAGCCCAUACCAAUUUUAAUGGCUUCGCCUGAUAUUUACUCAGCCUCCUCCUGGCCAAUACCACCCCUUUCUCCUUCAUCCUCAUCCACAUCCACUGGGUAUUCCAUAGACUUGGAUAUUCGUUUAGACGAAUCACAUCAUAGUCUACCAUUAACUUCCAGUUCCACACCCACCACCUCAUAUAAUUAUACCAUUCCCCACCCACCACCUCUGAUUCCUCCUCCUCCUCCUCCUCCUCCUAACAAAACCUCCAUAACCACCACUCAUGUCAACAACAACUACUCCUGUUGCUCUGUCCCAAAAGAAACAUUGGAGACAUGGGACAAACUCUUCAAGGAAGGACAGGGUGCGGAUGUCUAUGUUAUUAGUACCCACGACCACGAAGGCUCCUCCUCAUCCUAUGUUCUAGCUCAUUCCAGUGUACUGGGUGCUGCAUCACCAGUGAUGGCGAAUUUAUUGCAGCAAGCGAGAGUUAAGAAUGGUAUGCGAUACAUUAACAUUCCUGGGGUGCCCUACAAUUCCCUCCAUAUGUUUAUACGUUUUCUUUACUCAUCCUGCUUUGAAAAGGAGGAAAUGAACAAGUUCGUUCUCCACCUCUUGCUCCUAUCGCACUCCUACUCGGUUCCAUCAUUGAAAAGGACUUGUAUACACUUCAUUGAGCAGGGUUGGCUGACCAACGAGAGCGUGGUAGAUGUGCUUCAGUUAGCAAGGAACUGCGAUGCACCACGCCUCUCCUUGGUUUGUGUGCGUAGGAUUGUCAAAGAUUUCAAGGCCAUAUCUUCAACCCAAGGUUGGAAAGUAAUGAAGAGGGUUAAUCCUGCUCUUGAACAGGAGUUACUAGAAGCCGUAGUAGAGGCAGAUACUACAAAGGAAGAGAGGUUAAAGAGAAUGGAAGAGAAGAAAGUAUACUUACAACUGAAUGAGGCAAUGGAAGCCAUACUUCACAUAUGCAGGGAUGGUUGCAGAACAAUAGGCCCACGUGACAAAGUGCUUAAAGGGAGUCAAGUUGCCUGUGGCUUCCCGGCAUGUAAAGGGCUUGAAACCUUAGUCCGCCAUUUCUCCAGUUGCAAAACUCGUGUUCCAGGGGGCUGUGUACACUGCAAGCGCAUGUGGCAGCUUCUUGAGCUGCAUUCUCGUUUGUGUAACGACCCUGAUACAUGCAAAGUCCCGCUUUGCAGGCAUUUCAAGGAGAAAGUUCUGCAUCAGUGCAAGAAGGACGAAGCCAAGUGGAAAGUGUUGGUAAGCAAAGUAAUAGCGGCAAAGAAUGCAAGGGGAGCCUUCCCUGGUCAGCGCUCCGGUUUCUCAUGAGAGUUAUGGCCUUCGCACAUCUCUUGUUCAUAAAAACAUGAGGCUAAAAUUAUGGCCUUCAUUAUAUACAUAUAUAUAUAUUUAUCCUCUGCAAAGGGUAGGUAGCCACUUUAUGUAAAUAUCUUAAACAUAGAAAGAAAUGUGACAUUGGGCUUCAGUGGA